GAAUAUUAGUUGGCUUUGGUUGGACCUUCUCAGUAGACACACAUCUGCUCUCAGAAAAACUACACAUGAAAAUUGACUUUAAAAUUUUUUGUCAUACGCGUUUCGGAAUAUAAAAAUUGAAUUCACAAUCAUGGUCCAAUUAUCGCGAGCAACCAAAUUGACGGGCAUCUGUGUAUGCGUCUACAUGUCCUAUGUCGUCUUUGUGUUCUUCCUGCUGCCCGCGCUGAUCCCGGACCCUGUAACCCUGCAACGGGCUGUGGUGGCCUAUAAAACUCGUCAUCUUGGAAACUUGAGCAACUACACGUUGGAAACGGGGGGCCAACCGGUCCGUUCACUGCUGGUCUCCUUCCGGGGCUCGGGAGCACUCACCCUUUUGGACAACCUGGCCCACCAGCCCGGUUGCUAUCAGCACUAUGCUCCACUGAUUGCCUACCACAACCGGAGCACAGCGCAGAGGAGUCAUUCUAAAGUUCUGGAUGAACUGGUGUCACUGUACAAUUGCAACUACAACAAGUCAGCGGAGAUGAUCUACUGGGGCAUGCGAUCGGCGGUCUUCCGGCGUUUCUACGGCGCCCAGUCAAAAACCUGCCUGACACAUAGCUUGGCGGAGUGCUGGGAUCCGGAGGUCAUGGCUGGCGUCUGCAAGGUGCAUCCAUUCAUCAAUAUGGCAGUGUACAACUUGAGGCUUGAGUUCCUGGUCUCAUUGCUGGAGAAGGAAGGACUGAACCUGCGAAUCCUGCUGCUCGUUCGUGAUCCUCGAGGAACGAUGUAUAUGCGCAGGCAGAGCCAAUGGUGUGUGGGUGAAGAGGAUUGUGAUGCCAAGACGCUAUGCAACGACAUGGUCAGCGAUCAUAAGGUGGCGGAGAUCUUGUCUAAGAACUAUCCCCGACGCUUUGACAUCAUCCGUUACGAAGACCUGUAGCAUCCAGAGGAGAGCAUCAAUAUGGUCUUCGACUUCUACGGGAUACCUAUGGACAGACCCAAAAUAAGAACUCGCAUGGUUAAUCGACGAGGAGGCGAAGUCGUUGAGUCGCUCGGCUGGGAUUUUCCCUGGAAGUACUCGAACCAGCCCGCCUAUGAGUGGUUGCACAAAAUGACCUUGAAAGACAUUCAGGCUGUUCAAAAUGUCUGUGCCGAGGCCAUGGAUCUCUGGGACUAUCGUCCGAUCCAGGACUUUAAGCACUUUUCAGCCGAUAAAUUCGAACCGAACAUGGGGAAGGCCUAAAUA